GAUUGAGGCAGCCAACGGCACCACCAGCAACUGCCAGGCCAACGCCACGGUGGUCCUCACGCCCACCAUGGACUCGCGGCUCUACAUGCUGGCCUUCCUGCCCUGCCUGGUGCUGCUCGUGUUCAUUCGCAACCUGCGCGUCCUGUCCAUCUUCUCCCUGCUGGCCAACGCCAGCAUGCUGGUCAGCCUCCUGGGCAUCUACCAGUUCAUCGUGCAGCGGCUCCCCGACCCCAGCCGCCUGCCCCUGGUGGGCACCUGGAAUACGUACCCGCUGUUCUUCGGCACGGCCAUCUUCGCCUUCGAGGGCAUCGGCAUGGUGCUGCCCCUUGAGAACAAGAUGAAGGACCCCGAGAAGUUCUCCCUCCUGCUCUACGUGGGCAUGGCCAUCGUCACCGCCCUGUAUAUCAGCCUGGGCACCCUGGGCUACAUGCAGUUCGGCGCCGAGACCAGAGGCAGCAUCACCCUCAACCUGCCCAACUGCUGUCUGAGGGAGGAGCCUGCACGCGCCAGUCCUGGGCUGGCCCUGAGCCUGGCCCGGCUCCUGCUGGACACGGCCCCCAGCUGCCCCCGGGAAUGA